AUGACAGAUACAACCGAACCAAGCAGGGCUCCGAAACCUGCCACACGCUAUGUAUUUUUGGCCUACCCUCGCACUGCAUCUCAUCUUCUUAUGCGUAUUCUCAACGUGGAGGGACAGGGUGGGCAAACCACUCCGAAAAAUGGAUAUUUCUGGAUAACGGCUACUUUCAUGCGCAAGGACUUGAACAGUCGUCCAAUGCGUGAGUGGUCGACUGAGGAGAGGAAAAGCAUCGAAGACUUGGAGCAGCAAUGCUUUAAUGACCUUCUGAACUAUAUCAACCUUGAAGAAGCGGAGGGAGACAUAGCUAUGUUCAAAGAGCAUGUCAUGCUUCUCAAUCACCCUUUCUUCAAGUCUCGAUUCAUCCACGGGGAAAGUGCUACUAUUGGGGAGCCCAUGGCGUUGGAGGGCUAUCCAGAGGGAAUCUCAAGCUCGAGAUCAACUUUAAACCAAACUAUUCUCUCUGACGACUUUCUCAAAACUUUGAAACCAACAUUCCUCAUUCGGCAUCCAGCUUUAUCAUUUCCGUCUCUGUUCCGCUCUGUACAGAAUGAACAGCAUAAACUGUCAAUCGAAGAGCUCGGUCCAAGUGAAACAUCGCUUUUCUGGCCUAGAAGGGUUCUUGAGUUCUAUGAGGAACACCACAGACAUGGAGGCCAAGAACCCGUUGUACUGGACGCUGAUGAUGUGAUGACAUCUCAGAAGUUAAUGUUCAAGUAUGCAGAAACUGUAGGACUUGAUUCCGACAAGCUAUGUUUCUCGUGGGAAAAGGCGUCACAAGAAUAUAUUAGCAGGCAGCCACCAGUAGUCCAGGUUAUGUUAAGUUCAUUGAACUAUAGCGAUCAGAUCGACCCUGCAAAGGUUGCUGGAAAUAUUGAUAUCUCCCAGGAGGCAAUCAAGUGGCGGGAUGAAUUUGGAGAUGGAUGUAGGAGAAAGCUAGAAAGCUACGUUCGCGCAGCUAUGGCUGACUAUGAGUACAUGAGGUCAAAGAGGCUUGUACUCUAG